CAGCCCUUCCCGAUGAACCCCUUCUUCAAGCCCAAAUCCCCCCUCAGCGACGCCACCCGAACCGACAUCUUCUCCAAAUACCUCUCCGACCCAUCCGCCUGGACACCGCGCGCCCUCGCUGAAAAGUUCGGUCUCUCCAUUGUUCGGGUACAAGCCAUCCUCCGUCUCAAAGCGCUACAGCAGCAGAUGGAGAAGGAUAAAGUACCGCUGCAGACGGGGUUGACGAGGGGCAUGGAGGCGAUGCUUGGUGCGGAGACGUUGAGUGCGGCGGAUGGGCAGAAGAAGCCGAGGGAACGGUUGAGGGCGACGCCGGCGAAGCGGUUGCAGCCGUUCUUCCGGAUGAUGGAUGAGGAAGAGGCUUUCUUGCCUGAGGACGCGGCAGCACUGAUGCAAUUAGAGCCAUACGCCAACCUGCAACGCAAACUAGACGAGGCGGCAGACCACGUUUUCGAACUUGAGCCACGCAAGGGCAAAAAGCCAGAAAUCAUCAGCAAAGACGAGAACCUCAAGAGCAAGUUCCAAUAUAUGAUUGUCGAUACCAGCAAUGUUGAGAAAGCACAGGUGGUAUUCCGAGACAAGGACGGCAGUUUACGGCAUGCGACGGUGGAGGAGCGGUUCAAGAGGAAAAACCAAAAAGCAAAGUUUCUUAUGUAA